UAAAACAGUAUAGACGCAUUCGUUUUUUGUAAGUCGCUCGAUCGAGAGAGAGGGAGAGAGAGAGAGAGAGAGAGAGAGAGCUUGAGAUGGCAGCAGCGAUGAUUGCAGCAUCCACCGCGGCUGCGUCAGGCAGCUCCUUCUUGCGGGGAUCCGGGUCCAGGAAGAAUGCUCUUCGCGAUAGAUCCGUCCAGUGCCAAGCAAAGGUUUCAAUGGAUCUCUGGUAUGGACCAGACCGUGUCAAGUUCCUGGGUCCUUUCUCCGCACAAACUCCAUCCUACUUGAAGGGAGAGUUUCCUGGCGAUUAUGGCUGGGACACUGCCGGACUCUCCGCUGAUCCAGAGGCCUUUGCUCGCAACCGCGCUCUCGAGCUGAUCCACGGACGCUGGGCGAUGCUGGGAGCUCUUGGCUGCGUCUUCCCGGAGGUCCUCUCCAAAUGGGUCGGUGUGGAGUUCAAGGAGAAAGUGUGGUUCAAGGCCGGCUCCCAGAUCUUCUCCGACGGAGGGCUCGACUAUCUCGGCAAUCCCAACUUGGUUCACGCUCAAAGCAUCCUCGCCAUCUGGGCUUGCCAAGUGAUUCUCAUGGGACUGGUCGAGGGUUACAGGAUCAAUGGACUUCCUGACGUUGGAGAAGGCGGUGACUUGUAUCCCGGUGGCCAGUACUUUGAUCCCCUGGGGUUUGCUGACGACCCCGAGACUCUGGCGGAGCUCAAGGUGAAGGAGAUCAAGAAUGGAAGGCUGGCGAUGUUCUCCAUGUUCGGUUUCUUCGUCCAAGCUAUUGUCACCGGCAAGGGACCUUUGGAAAACUUGUUCGAUCAUCUCGACAACCCUGUGGUCAACAAUGCUUGGGCCUAUGCCACCAGAUUUGUUCCUGGCAGCUAAACGGAAAAACCAAAAAAAAAAGAAAAAAAGCAGAGAAUUUAAUUCUUUUGUUUUGAUUGUAAAAAACACUUCUUAAGAAACACUCAUGGUUUUUGCUCUUGAAGCU